AGUGCCGACAGGCAUUCUUUCUACAUAGUAAACGCCGCUUCGAGUAACUACAACCUAAAUCACCAUUCCCAACCUGUUGAGUCUUUUUGCCUCCAGGAACUCGGAUUUCUUUUCGCCUUCUUCUUCUUAUAUUCUUUUUCGAUUCUGUUUCUCUCUUUUUUUGCUCUCUAGUCGCUUCAAUAUUUUGCUGGAUUUUUUCCAAUUAUUCUCCAAAAACUUUCCGCCGACAUCGUCACUUAAACUAUCGAGGAGGAUGGCGUCUGCUGUAGAGCAGGCCACAGCCUACAAAAAUGACGGAAACAAAGCUUUCGCAGCGCAUAAUUGGCCUAAAGCGAUCGAUCUCUAUACCAAAGCUAUCGAGUUAAACGAUAAAGAGCCAACAUAUCUCACGAAUAGAGCACAAGCCCAUAUUAAGUCAGAGGCUUUUGGAUACGCUAUUGCCGAUGCUACCAAGGCCAUAGAACUGAACCCGAAGCUCAUAAAGGCCUAUUUCCGCCGUGCCGUUGCCCACGCCGCCAUCCUCAAGCCGAAAGACGCUGUCAAGGACUUCAAGAAAUGUGUCGAACUCGACCCAACCAACAAGGAUGCUAAGCUUAAGCUAGCCGAGUGCCAAAAGAUUGUACGACAACUAAACUUCUAUGCUGCGAUCGAAGUUGGAGACGAGCCGUCUGCGGCCGAGGGUCUUGACGUCGACUCUAUCGCCAUAGAGCCGGACUAUGAUGGAGUUAAACUCGGGGAUCAGAUAACCCAGGAGUUCAUUGACGAUAUGAUUGAGAGGUUCAAGACCGGCAAGAAGAUCCACAAGAAAUAUGUCUACCAAAUUAUCAUUGCGGUUAAGAAAAUCGUGUAUGACGAGCCUACGAUGGUAGAAAUGAAGAUUCCAGACGAUGUCAAGCUCACAGUUUGCGGUGACACACAUGGUCAAUACUUCGACUUAAUGGAGCUCUUUAGGUUAAACGGACGACCAGCUGAGAAGCACUGGUACCUAUUCAACGGAGACUUCGUGGAUCGAGGUUCUUGGUCAACGGAGAUUGCUCUCCUAUUGUAUGCCUAUAAAUGGCUACGACCUAAUGGCUUCUUCCUUAAUAGAGGCAACCACGAAACCGAUGACAUGAACAAAGUCUACGGGUUCGAGGGUGAGUGUAAGGCUAAGUACAACGACCGAGUUUUCAAGCUAUUUUCCGAAAGCUUUUCCGCAUUACCACUGGCAACGCUCAUUGGUUCCAAGUAUCUCGUCCUACACGGUGGCCUGUUCUCGGAUGAUAAUGUUACUCUGGAUGACAUCCGAAAGGUGGAUAGGCAUUCUCAGAGGCAGCCUGGUCAAGCAGGCCUGAUGAUGGAGAUGUUGUGGACAGACCCCCAGACAGCCCCUGGACGUGGCCCCAGUAAGAGAGGUGUGGGUAUGCAGUUUGGACCAGAUGUGACAAAGAGAUUCUGCGAGAAGAAUGGCUUGGAUGCUAUCAUCCGAAGUCACGAAGUUCGUAUGGAUGGUUAUGAGGAGGAACACGAUGGCAGAUGCAUCACAGUCUUUUCGGCACCGAAGUAUUGCGAUCAGACUGAAAACCGGGGCGCGUAUAUCAACAUUGGACCUGAUUAUAAACUCAGUUUCAACCAGUUUGACGCCGUUCCUCACCCGCCGAUUCGGCCGAUGGCAUACGCCAAUAACUCGCUCAUGUCGAUGAUGUGAAGGGUGAAUUCAAAUUUCGCAUUUCCACAUGCUAAGCUUCAAUCAACAGUGGCAUAUGAUGGGCGGCAUUCUUGCAUAUAUGGCACUUCAUGGUCAUGGAAGCAUAGGCGUUGCGGGGAUAUAGGAGAGGAAAUGGGACUCUAUACCAUAUUGGCGAUACCAAUGAAUGAAAAUGAAAUUCUAGCGCAUUUGAUUCCUCGGCGUGUCGUUGGCAUUUUGACUCAAUUUCGAAUUUUCAACCACUCCAGAUUUUGUCAUUUCCAGCACUACCCACCAAGGCACCAAGCCAGUCGGAGCAUCCUCGUAUUCGGAAUGAAGAGUGAAUUCCGUCCUGGUAUGAGCCUUGCCAGGCUGUAAUAGCUGCCGAAAAUGCUCCUAGAUCAUCCCGCGGUACUCUCAACCAGCAGUCCUUUCCUUCUACCUUGAGGAUAUCUAGGGGAAUUCCAAUACCCGUAGCACCCAGAAACUGUUUCAGGGCGGAUGUACAGUAGGAUCGUACUUGAAGGAUAUCAAGAUCUCCAGUAUCCGGUGAAUCACUGAAAAGUUCGAGGUGUGCAUAGGAAUGGCGCGGCGCUUUGAUUGUAGCUGUGACUAGUUCGUGAGCCUUUUUCGCCUUUAUUACACCGGAGGUGCCCUCCAUUGAUAUGUCAGCCUGCUCAGUCAUAUCGUCCAUUACUGAAUGAAAUUGGCCGGUUUUUGUUGUAAUUUUGGUGAAUUAUUUAC